AUGACUGUAUUUCUUCUUUUACUGAAGAACGUCGCCAUUUUCACACUUUUCCCGCCACACAUAUCUCGCUAUUUUUCCUUCUCUCCCACACUCUCUUUAAUCCUUUCCCGCCGAUUCAUUAAUGACUUCUCAUACGGCAUGUUUCUAUCUAUCUAUCUAUCUAUCUAUCUAUCUAUCUAUCUAUCUAUCUAUCUCAUUUCUAUCUAUCUAUCUAUCUAUCUAUCUAUCUAUCUAUCUAUCUAUCUAUCUACUGGAAUCAGUCAGUUUUUCUAUCUAUCUAUCUAUCUAUCUAUCUAUCUAUCUAUCUAUCUAUCUAUCUACUGGAAUCAGUCAGUUUCUUCAUAUCUAUCUAUCUAUCUAUCUAUCUAUCUAUCUAUCUACUGGAAUCAUUCCGUUUCUUCAUAUCUAUCUAUCUAUCUAUCUAUCUAUCUAUCUCAGUCAUUACACAUGUAUCGCUUUUUCAUUUCAAUCGUUUCAUAUCUAUCUAUCAUUCAGUUUAACACUUCACAUCUAACUACUCAAAUCAUUUACUUUCUUCAUAUCUAUCUAUCUAUCUAUCUAUCUAUCUAUCUAUCUAUCUAUCUAUCUAUCUAUCUAUCUAUCUAA